CACCCGGCACGCAGCCCGCCAGCCCCGCGCGGCCGAGCGCCACCAGGGUUCUUCUGCAACAGUUCUACUUUGGAAUGAUAUUUUCAUAAUGAGUCAACAAGGCUAUGUGGCAACACCCUCCUAUUCUCAGUCACAGCCUGGAAUGGGCCUUUCUCCCCCUCAUUAUGGGCACUACGGAGAUCCUUCCCAUGCACCUUCUCCACCAGGUAUGAUGAAGCCAGCAGGGCCUUUGGGGGCCACUGCUCCAGGGGGCGGGUAUCCCCCAGGCCCACCACCUCCUGGGCCUCAGCCAUUUGGCCAGAAUGGUGCUCAUGCCUCGGGGCAUCCUCCCCAAAGAUUUCCUGGACCUCCACCUGUCAAUAACGUGGCAUCCUCUUAUGCCCCGUGCCAGCCCACCACACAGUCUUACCCAAGUCCUGCACCCACUUCUUCUGUCACCCAACUGGGCAAUCAGCUCAGUGCUAUGCAAAUCAACAGCUACGGUAUGGGCAUGACUGCGCCUAGCCAGGGGCCCCCUGGCCCUCUGUCAACGGCAGCUUUCCGUGGACCUCCACGACCUCCACAGCCAUCCAUUUUGCAGCCAGGAUCUCAGGCUCUACCUCCACCUCCAACCACACUGAAUGGACCUGGGCCCUCUCCCAUGGCUCCACCAACACACAGACAAGAUGGACUUCCUGGGCCUGCUCCUCUGAAUGCCCAAUACCAGCCUCCACCUCAGCCCGGCCAGACCCUGGGUCCCGGCUACCCUCCCCAGCAGACAGCCACUUAUGGACCCCAAAUGGCAGGUGCACAGCUGUCUUACCCAGGGGGCUUCCCUGGAGGACCUGCGCAGAUGGCGGGACCACCACCACAGCUCCAGAAGAAGCUGGACCCUGACUCUAUUCCCAGCCCUAUACAAGUGAUCGAGAAUGACAGAACCACCAAAGGAGGACAGAUUUAUUCCACCAAUACCAGAGGCCAGAUCCCUCCACUGGUGACUACAGAUUGUGUGAUACAAGACCAAGGCAAUGCUAGCCCUCGAUACAUUCGUUGUACCACAUACUGCUUCCCCUGCACUUCCGACAUGGCUAAGCAAGCUCAGAUUCCUCUGGCUGCUGUCAUCAAACCCUUUGCCACGAUUCCUUCAAAUGAGACUCAGCUGUACUUGGUAAACCAUGGGGAGAGCGGACCAGUCAGAUGCAACAGAUGCAAAGCCUACAUGUGCCCAUUCAUGCAGUUCGUGGAAGGAGGAAGGAGGUUUCAGUGUGGAUUUUGUAGCUGUGUGAACGAUGUUCCACCAUUCUAUUUCCAACAUCUGGACCAUGUUGGGAGAAGACUGGACCACUAUGAGAAGCCUGAGUUAUCUCUAGGAUCAUAUGAAUAUGUCGCUACUUUGGAUUACUGCAGAAAGAACAAACCUCCCAGCCCACCAGCCUUUAUCUUCAUGAUUGAUGUUUCAUACAGUAACAUAAAGAAUGGACUUGUCAAGCUCAUAUGUGAAGAACUGAAGACAGUGCUGGAGAAACUUCCAAAAGAAGAGCAAGAAGAGACAUCUGCAAUCCGAGUUGGUUUUAUCACAUAUAACAAAGUUCUCCAUUUUUUUAAUGUGAAGAGUAAUUUGGCGCAGCCCCAGAUGAUGGUGGUGACAGAUGUCGGAGAGGUCUUUGUUCCGUUGUUGGACGGCUUCCUUGUCAACUACCAAGAAUCCCAAUCUGUGAUUCACAAUUUAUUGGACCAGAUUCCAGAGAUGUUUGCAGACUCUAAUGAAAAUGAGACUGUCUUUGCUCCUGUCAUACAGGCUGGCAUGGAAGCACUAAAGGCAGCAGAAUGUGCUGGGAAGCUGUUCAUCUUCCAUUCUUCUUUGCCAACUGCUGAGGCACCAGGCAAGCUUAAAAACAGGGAUGACAAAAAACUGGUGAAUACCGACAAAGAGAAGAUACUUUUCCAGCCCCAAACAAACGUCUAUGAAUCUCUGGCCAAGGAUUGUGUGGCCCACAGCUGCUCUGUCACACUCUUCCUCUUUCCCAGUCAGUAUGUGGAUGUGGCUUCUCUGGGUCUCAUUCCUCUGCUCACUGGAGGAACCCUUUACAAGUACAACAAUUUCCAGAUGCAUUUGGAUAGCCAACAAUUUUUGAAAGACCUCAGAAAUGAUAUUGAAAAGAAAAUAGGCUUUGAUGCUAUUAUGAGGGUUCGUACCAGCACAGGUUUCAGAGCCACUGAUUUCUUUGGUGGAAUUUUUAUGAACAACACCACUGAUGUAGAAAUGGCAGCCAUUGACUGUGACAAGGCAGUGACUGUAGAGUUUAAGCACGACGACAAACUCAGUGAAGACGCUGGAGCUUUAAUCCAAUGUGCUGUGCUGUACACAACUAUUGGCGGUCAAAGAAGACUCCGGAUUCACAAUCUCGGGUUAAACUGCAGUUCCCAGUUAGCGGAUCUUUAUAAGAGCUGUGAGACAGAUGUCCUAAUCAACUUCUUUGCCAAGUCAGCUUUUAAAGCUGUUUUAAACCAGCCUUUGAAGGUCAUCAGGGAAAUUCUAGUUAAUCAGACUGCCCAUAUGUUGGCAUGUUACCGAAAGAAUUGUGCGAGCCCAUCUGCAGCAAGUCAGCUUAUCCUACCAGAUUCCAUGAAAGUGCUGCCUGUGUACAUGAAUUGUUUGUUAAAGAACUGUGUGCUGCUCAGCAGACCAGAGAUCUCCAGUGAUGAGCGGGCAUACCAGAGACAGCUGGUCAUGACCAUGGGUGUGGCUGAUUCUCAGCUCUUCUUCUACCCACAACUCUUACCCAUACAUACAUUAGACGUCAAGAGCACAAUGCUGCCACCUGCUGUCCGUUGCUCUGAGUCUCGACUUUCAGAAGAAGGAAUUUUCUUACUUGUUAAUGGUCUAAAUAUGUUCUUAUGGUUGGGAGUGAGUAGCCCACCAGAGCUGAUUCAAGGAAUAUUUAAUGUGCCAUCCUUUGCACAUAUCAAUAAAGAUAUGACAUUGCUGCCUGAGGUGGGAAGUCCAUACUCUCAGCAACUCAGAAUGAUAAUGAAUGUUAUCCAACAAAAUAAGCCAUAUUCAAUGAAGCUCACUGUAGUAAAGCAACGAGAGCAGCCAGAAAUGGUUUUCAGACAGUUCCUGGUCGAAGACAAAGGGCUCUACGGAGGCUCUUCAUACGUGGAUUUUCUUUGCUGCGUUCACAAGGAGAUAUGCCAGCUGCUUAACUGAUUUGCCUUUUCUACUGCUGAUGUUGCAUUUCUGAGGAGUUCAUCUCCUCCUUGGUGCCUAAUUUUCCUGAUAGGCUUGUUUGUUUUCUUGAUCAUCUUCAGAAUAGCUUUUCCAGACGGCAUUUAGAACUUCAGCUUUGGUGCUCAGGUAUAAAGCCAAUGAAGGUACUAUGGUACCACAAAGGGAACAGUCUAUUUCUGAUUGUACAACCUUUAAUUUUAAAACUGAUGCAGUUUGCAUUUCAUGAAUAAUAUAGUUUACAGAACCAUAAACAGUUUCAAUUUUCUUUGUGCUAGACAUAUAAAUUAUUUUUCAAACUGUAUAGAAUUAGAGUAAUGUUGUCUUGGUUCCUCUUACAUUUGCAGUGGGAGGAAAAACCUGAAUUUUUACAUUAUACCUAAUUUUUUAAACCAUGUGACACCACUCAACAGAUUUUUUCAACUUAAGGUUUGCAUAGAAGACAUUUAAUAACCGUGGAAUCUAUCUGGCAGAACAACAUGUUCUACUUUUUUUCAAUUACAUAUUGUCUAUGUUAAAAGUAUUUUACAGUUAUUUUGUCUAUAAAACUGUCUAUCAAUUUUCAUUAUGGUUCUUUGUACAAUUUUGAUGGUUUCUACCUGUAUAUAAUGGAUCCUAACCAGUAUCAAUAAAUCAUUUCAUGUACUCUUAA